CAGCCUGCAGCGAGGCGUUUUGAAGGGGAGGGGGCGGGAUUAAUGAUGUCUGUCUCUUCGCUCGAAUGGGAAACGAGACACGUAGCUACGCAUUGGGCGCUUGCACGAGAGAGAUAAACAUAAACCCUGGAAAAAUCUACAAGAAUAAGAACUUCGGUCUUGAUACACAGCGUCAAUUGAUUACCUCCCAGCACUUUCCUCUCUUCCUGGUUCCGUUGAAGUACAUAUAUAUACCUCAGUAUAUGUUCGCCACGUCUCACAACAACAACAACAACAACAUCAUCAUCAUCAUCUUCAUCUCACAAAAUCCACUUUGGCAAGGCUGAAUUCACAUCGCGGCAUUCCUUUGAGUCAUACCUACAUCCAUACAGACUCAGUAUCAGCACAACUUCUGCAAGUUCCCAUAUUGAUAUACAACCCCCUUCAUAAGUUCAACCAUCAACGGUCCCACAAUCGAACAUGGCCAAAGGCGUCGCCAAAAUCGCAGUGGUGAUAUGCAGCAACAGAAAACCGCGGGCCAACCCUCAAAUCGCCAACUUUGUCUUGGAAGCCAUCGAAUCCACUUACCAAGACCGCUGGUCUCUCGAACCGGCCCUCAGAGUAAUCGACCUCGCGGAGAGAAACCUUCCAUUCUUCGACGAACCCGACGUCCCGUCCCAGAUCCACGACCACACCAAGUACGCGCACGAACACACCCGCGCGUGGAGCCAAGAGGUCCAGAGCUACGACGGCUUCAUCUUCGUCUGCCCCCAGUACAACUGGGGUUACCCGGCCGUGCUCAAGAACGCCAUCGAUUAUCUUUACAAUGAGUGGAAGGGGAAACCGGCCAUGAUCGUGAGUUACGGUGGUCACGGCGGUGGCCGAGCCGCAGGCCAGCUCAGACAGGUCUUGUGCGGAGUGCACAUGAUCCCAACCAAGAAGCAUGUCGAGUUGGCGUUCCCUAGCCGAAGUGUCUUGCUCGAAGCCGCGUACGGCAAAGACCUCGCUCUCGACGGGUUCAACGCGAAAGGAAUCUGGGGUUCUCAACGGAAGGAGAUUGGUGAUGUUUUUGCCGAAAUGAUGGAUCUCUUGAGCAGCAAUAAAGUCGGAAAGGCUCUAAAAUCAGCUGCGGUUACCUUUGGAUAUGCGAAGCAAGAAUUGCGCAAGAAGUUCAAGAAGGGAUCGACAGCAGAGGGAGCGACUGGAAGAGGCGAGGCGCGGAGUGAUGAGUAAUGCGGUGAGGUUCUAGGCAAGGUUAAACGUCUUGGGAGUUUGCUCAAGUCAGGGAGUCCCUUGUUUGAACGAGGUUUGAUUUUUGUGUUUGCGACUCGAGUUUUUGUUUAGCGGUGGAAGCCAAUGAUGCGGGUGAUUUUGUGGACAUUGCGGUUUAUUCGUACAGUCACUGGGAUACUUAGUAGAGUUCCUUUUUCUAAAUAGCCAUAUGUGGAAUUCGCGUUGUCACGUCCUGAAUGAACCGUUUUAUCAUUUA